GCUUCCCCCCCGCGGGAGCAGGGCGCCAAACUCAAAGCGGAAGAUGGCGUUGGAGAACCUUUUCAGCCAGUUGGUGCCGGUGCAGGUGAAAUGCCAGGGCUGCGAGGAGAGGCGAAUAAAUGUCCGAGUGAGUGUUGAAUUACAAUCAACAACAAAUCCCAUUCAUAGAAAGGAUUUAGUUGUUCGACUAACUGAGGAUUCAGAUCCCUUUUUCCUGUAUAAUCUUAUUAUUUCUGAGGAAGAUUUUCAAAGUUUGAAACUCCAGCAAAGUCUACUGGUAGAUUUUUCUGCUUUUCCUCAGAGAUUUAUAGAUCUUCUUCAGCACUGUAUCCAAGAACAAGAUAAAGAAAUCCCAAGGUUUUUGCUACAGCUGGUUUCUUCAGGAUCUGGUUUAGAUCACACCCCUUCAUUCCUAAAUGUGGUUGAGACAAACCCAUUUAAACAUCUUACCCAUUUAUCACUAAAAUUCUUACCAGGAAAUGAUGCUGAAAUCAAGAAAUUUUUGGCAUCCUGCCUCAAAUGUGCUAAGGAAGAAAAGUUAUUGCUAGAACAAAAACUUAGCAGAACAGAGGAGGACCUUACAAGACAGCUGAAUUAUACUCAACAGAGCUUGUCAGAAAAGAGCAGGGAACUAGACAACUUAAGAAGCGAAUGGGCCUCUAAGAUAGCAUCACUGAACAGCAAACAUACUCAGGAAUUGUCAAACGAGAAGGAGAAAACUCUGCAGGCACAAGCACACUAUCAGCAACAGAAUGAGCAACAGAAAAGAGACCUGGAAAACUUGCAUCAGAAAACUGUCCAGCAACUGCAGACCAGACUGAAGGAGUUGGAACUUGCUAACAAAGACUUAAUGGAAAGGAGAUACAAAGGCGAUUCCACAGUCAGGGAACUUAAAGCAAAAUUAUCAGGCAUAGAAGAUGAAUGCCAGAGAACAAAGCAAGAAGUUCUGUCCCUACGUCGGGAGAAUGCUACCUUAGAUGCUGAAUGCCAUGAAAAGGAGAAGCAAGUUAAUCAACUGCAGAUGCGAGUUGCUGUUUUAGAGCAAGAGAUUAAAGACAAGGACCAGCUUGUUGCUAGGACAAAAGAAGUAUUAGAAGCAACACAAGAGCAAAAGGCAAACCUGGAAGAAAAUGCAGAAAAGAAACAACUUCAGAUAGGAAAGCUAGAAGCCUCACUGAAAGCUCUAUCAACUGAGUUUCUUAAGGCCAAUGAGAUAAUAAAGAAACUGCAAGGAGAUGUAAAAACUUUAAUGAGUAAGUUGAAAUUGAAAAACACAGUAACAGUUCAGCAAGAAAAACUCUUGGCUGAAAAGGAAGAAAAACUGCAGAAAGAACAAAAGGAAUUACAGGAAGUGGAAAAUUCUCUUCGAGAAAAAGAACAAGAGGUAUGCAAAUUGCAGGAACAGUUAGAAGCUACAGUACAAAAGCUGGAAGAAAGCAAGCAUCUUCUCAAAACAAAUGAAAAUGUCAUCACAUGGCUAAAUAAACAACUGAAUGAAAUUCAGAUGACAAGGAAGCAAGAAAUGCUAGGAACAUCUACUUCUAGCAACACUGCUAGAACUGGCAGCUCUCCUCAUAGUAUGGCUGAUGGUAGGAUUCCGUCUUUAAGUUCAGCGCUGAACUAUCCCAUCUCCCCCUUGCUAGCUUUCCAAAGCUUCCCGGAAGCAGCAGCUGUCAAAAAUGCCAACCAACAAGCAUCAGGAACAAAGCAGGUUCACUUCAAUGUGCAGCUCUCAGAAACCAACAGAUGUUCAGAUACCCAGCCAGGAAUUCCUGGGUUGAUAAAUCAUUCAACAAAUAAAGAAAAUGGUGAAAACUUGGGACUGGAAGCAAAGUAUUUAAAGAAAAGGGAAGAUAGCAUUCCUUUAAGAGGGCUCAGUCAAAAUACAACUCAUAACACAGGUAAACAGCAGGAUAUAUGAAGUCAUCUGCGCCGAAAAAAGCACAGAUUCCAUGCAAGCCUUCAGCACCUUCUAGAGCCUCUGCCUACUUUCCUGGAUAGCAUAUUGUAAUUAAAGGUUUACAGCAGCUGUGAUUUUUUUAAACUAUUAUCAGUUAUGUGCAUUUGUUUCCCUUUUGAAGUAUCAGCAUUAAAUUUUUACUAGAUAUCUGUUAGAUUUCUGGGUACUAAGCUGAACUAUUUCUGAGAUGUUUAAGCUAUUAUUUUUUUAUAUAACAUAAAAUAAAAUGGACAUGUUUUAUCUAA